AUGGACGCCAACCAACAGGUUCCGGACAUGCCUAACGCCGGCGUGGUCCUCAUAAUAGACAUCCAAAUCGUAUCAUGUAUGCAUGCUGGGGUUGUUGUACUCCGCGUGGACGCCGUGAUGGACCAGCUCGACGCGUUUUCCGUAAUACGUAACGCCCACAACGUCGAUGACCUCAACGAGCUGCCGGAAUGGAUUGGUGGCGCCACUGGUGUGGAGGUGGUGGGUUGGCAGCGUGGACGAGUUGGGCCUGGGUGGAGAAAUGCCGCUUAG